UGGCUUGUAAAAGCUCAUGCAGAGCACGGGAAAGAGAACAAGUCAACAACAAGUAUGCCGUCUUCUUCCUCUACUCCUUCCACGUCUCGCCAGCAGCCUUUCUGUGGCGGGCUGUGUCCUUCUCCCCCUCGUCUCUGGAUCUACUCGACCAUUUGUCUACUCCUGUACGGGUUUUUCAAAGAAUUCAAACCAUCGGAAGCUUUCCUAACGCCGUACCUCAGGAGCGAGGAUGAAGGCAAGAACUUUAGUUCUCACCAAGUAAAUGAUCUCAUAUACCCAGUCUGGACCUACUCCUACCUCAUAUCAGCCAUAUUUGUGUUCCUUCUCACCGAUCUCAUUCGCUACAACCCAAUAAUAAUAAUAGAAACACUUUCUUACAUUACAACGAGACUUCUCCUAAUAUGGGGUACAUCUGUAUUCUCUCAGCAGAUGAUGCAGGUGGCAUAUGGGAUAGCUACAGCAACUGAAGUUGGUUAUUUUUCUUAUAUUUAUUCAGCUGUUCCGUUUGAGUAUUAUGAGAGGAUCACUGGCCCAGUACGAGCUGCUGUCUUGUUUGGUCGAUCUUUUGGAGCUUUUGCUGGUCAAAUCGCUUACUCCAAUGGUCUUUUAGAUUUUUAUGGACUCAAUUACUUUUCAUUUGCAAGCGUCUGCGUCGCUGCUGUUUUUGCUGUACUUUUACCAUGGUAUUUCAAAGCCCCUUGUCAAAAACCUCCUAGAAAUCUCUACGUCAACUUCUCAACCGAAUUAGAAGAGGUUUCACCUCCAGAAGCACCUCCGUCGAUAUUGAAAGGCUGGCUCUACAAGUGGAAGGACUUUAGAAAGUUUUAUACGAAACCGACUCUCUUGAGAUGGUCUCUGUGGUGGGCAUUUGGUAUGUGCGGAAUGCUCCAGGUUGGAAACUAUGUACAGUCGCUUUGGAAACACAUCAACGAAGAGAAUGGAGAUGAAGAUGCUGUUCAUAAGAGAUACCAGUUGAAUGGGCUAGUGGAAGGUACUACUGAUCUCUUUGCAGCACUGACUGCAGUGCUUGCUUCAUUACUGAAAGUGAACUGGCCUGUCUGGGGAGAAAUAACAAUGGGGAGUCUCUCACUCCUUGCUACUGUGGUGCUAUUCAUCUCUUCUUAUUCUCAUAUUGUCUAUGUUGCUUAUGCCUGUCAUGUCAUUUACAGAUCUACAUUUGCUUUUGUGAUAACAAUAGCAAGUUCCCAAAUUUCAAUUAAUGUUGAUUAUGAGAGCUAUGGUCUCAUUUUUGGAUUCAACACGUUAGUGGCUCUUGUACUCCAGACAGUGCUGACUGCUAUUGUCAAUAGCUGGCUAGAACUGUAUGUGAGGACACAGUUUGUCAUUUACGGUUGUUAUUAUUAUGUACUGACCAUCCUGUUUGUCUUUGCUGGUGUUUACAAGAUAUCUAAAACUGGAAUCUUAUCUAGUUGUAAACAAUGCUGGCUAUCAAAGUCAAGACAAAGGUUAAACAGUGUUCGUGAGAGUAUGAUCCAGUACAGUGAAAGCUCUAGUAGUGAAACAUCAUCUGAAGAUGAGGUGAUAGAACCUGAUAAAAUAACACAAUCAAUGCAACCAGUGGCAUAAGCCAAAAAGAUAACUGUUCCUUCUAACUCUAUGUAAUGUAUGAUGUAAUAUGUACUCAUCUGUGUAUGUGGUUAUUCUAAUAUUUCUUUAUUCAUUUUCUUAUGCAAUACCAUGGCAAUACUUAUGUAAUGAGUGAUGACACACAUUGAAUUGGCAAAAGAAUUUUGAUGUUUCUCUGUA